CAUAAAGAGGCAGCCAGCCUGCCCUCAGCUGGGCCUGUAAGUGCAAUUGCAGGGCAGUGGCCUGGCCCGGGGCCCUUUGGGGAGGUCGGGAAGUUGAAGAACACUCUGGCCUCCUCCAUCAUGUCGGCCAAGAGGGCUGAACUGAAGAAAACAAGCCCGAGCAAGAACUACAAAGGAGUUUGCCUAGAUCUGAAACCAGAGCCGACCAAAAUAAGAAGUUACCUUGAGGCCAUGUCAACAGCGAGGCCUGACAUCCGUGGGGAGGCCACUUGGAGUCAGGGGUCUUUCACUGCACCUGGUGGCCAAGACCUGUCCCAGACAUAUGAUUACAAAGGAGUGAAGCAGGAAGGACCAUUUGCCAAGACCGAAGUGACCCGGGAGCUGAAGAAUGAACUCAGGGAGGUGAGGGAACAGCUCAAGGAGAAAAUGGAGGAGAUCCAGCAGAUAAAGGAUAUAAUGGACAAGGAUUUUGACAAACUUCAUGAAUUCGUGGAAAUUAUGAAGGAGAUGCAGGAGGCCAUGGAUGAGAAGAUGGACAUUCUGAUGAACAUCCGGAAGAACAAGCUUCCCCUUAGAAGAGGACUCCAGGAACAGCAGGACCCCGGGCUGAUGGCAAAGACUGACACCGAGCCCCAGUUGAGGCUCAGGAAACCCGAGGGAGCCGACAGGGUGCCACCGGCUCUCCCCAAGACAAUGGCACCACAAAAACCGAAGAAGGACUCGCUGGCUGCCCCUCACCAGUGUAGCAGCUGCUGCGAGAAAUGUUUGUUGUGUGCCCUAAAGACCAACUACAAUCAGGGAAAACAUCCACACCAGGCCUGGGCACCCUUUUCACCCUUGGCAUCUGGAGCUGCUUUCUGAUUUAUGUGUACCUCAGCCUCAGUGACAUGGAGUUUGUGCAUCCGACCUAGUGCAGCCACGCCACCUGCUGUAGCUCCGCUCCGUCCCCCC